AUGGUCAGAUUUAUCGUAUAAAAUAUAAUUUCUUGUAAAAUAUUCAUAAUAUAUUUAUGUGAUAGGCCCGAAAAUGGAGUCACGAGUGAGACUGAAGUUAUUACGAUCAUGAAAAUUGUGAAAAUCACAUUUUCUGGUUGAAAUUGUUGUGAUUUCCUCUGCUACUUAUGUCAGUGAUUUUUAUGAAGGUUGUUUUAGUAGAGUUGAGAGAAAAGUAAUUAUUCGGCUUUAAGAGCGUCUACAUUUGAGGUAAAAGCAAACAACCAUGCUGAAUAGAACUUAACACAAAGGCUCCAAUUAACAACAAUAACACAACACUCACAUGUGUGUAAUAACAACACAUAUAUGCCUUUAAAGAUAAAAGGGAAACAUUGAAGAGGUAAAAGAUAAAGAUUGGAAAGGAAAGAUGGCGUCAUGCGUAUCGGGCAGUCACUUCGGGCCGACGAAUCAGGACUACGUGCCGGUCGCGGAUUUUUACGCCGACAAAUCAGUUUUCGUCACUGGCGGUACGGGAUUCAUGGGGAAGGUGCUCGUAGAAAAACUAUUGAGAAGUUGUCCGAAAAUAAAAAGGAUCUAUUUGUUAAUGAGGCCGAAGCGUGGACAGGACGUCGCGUCGCGCCUCACCGAGCUCACACAGUCACCGUUGUUUGAAACAUUGAGAAGAGAGCGGCCCCAGGAGUUGAAGAAGAUUGUGCCGAUUGUUGGCGACAUCACCGAGCCGGAGCUCGGUAUCAGUCCGUCAGAUCAGGCCAUGCUGUGUCAGAAGGUGUCGGUGGUGUUCCACUCGGCAGCGACGGUGAAGUUCGACGAGAAACUGAAGCUGUCGGUGACGAUAAACAUGCUGGGCACGCAGCAGCUGGUGCAGCUGUGUCACCGCAUGAUGGGGCUAGAGGCGCUAGUCCACGUGUCGACCGCGUACUGCAACUGCGAGCGGGAACGCGUCGAGGAGACGGUUUAUGCUCCUCCUGCGCACCCUGAGCACGUCGUCACCCUCGUGCAGACGCUACCCGACGACCUGGUCGACAGGAUCACGCCAGAUCUAGUUGGUGACAGGCCUAAUACAUACACAUUCACAAAGGCUUUGGCGGAGGAUAUGCUUAUAAAGGAGUGUGGUAACCUCCCAGUUGCUAUCGUCAGACCUUCCAUUGUGCUAUCGUCACUCCGCGAGCCGGUCAAAGGCUGGGUGGACAACUGGAAUGGGCCGAACGGUAUCAUCGCCGCCGUUGGCAAGGGCAUAUUCAGGACGAUGCUCGGCUGCGGCACGAGGGUCGCGGACCUGGUGCCCGUCGACACCGUCAUCAACCUGAUGAUUGUGUGCGCGUGGCGGACGCACAUGAGACGGGGCGACAGCGUGAUGGUGUAUAAUUGUUGCACCGGUCAACAGAAUCCGAUCACGUGGCGGGACUUUGUAAAGACAAGUUUCAAAUAUAUGAGGAAACAUCCGUUCACCGACGUGCUGUGGUACCCUGGCGGCGACAUCACUAACAGCCGGCUGAAGCAUGGCACGUUGUCGCUGCUGCAGCAUCGUGCGCCUGCACUCCUCAUGGACUUCAUCUCCAAGUCCACCGGCAAGAAACCCAUGAUGGUAAGAGUCCAAAGCAAGCUAGAGAAAGCGGCCGCGUGUUUGGAAUACUUCACGACGC